AUGGAAACAAAUUCUAGCCCCUCGAACACCAGUAUCGCACCCAUUUGCGAGAACUUGGAUGAAAGGAACACCGAAAUGUUUUUGAAAGAUAUUGAAAAGAAAGGGGAUGCGGAUACAAGAGCAAUCCAUCCACCAAUUGGGUCUCCUCAAAAUCUUAUAGCGGCGGAAAAUUAUUCUGUUUUUACAGUAAAGCAGAAACGGAUAAUGAUUGCAACUGUCUCGUUUGCCAGUUGGAUAAGUCCACUGACGGGGGCCAUUUAUUAUCCCGCCGUCAACCAGAUAGCAGCGGACCUGCAUGUUUCAGUGUCCAAGGUUGCACUGACAGUCACCACGUAUCUGCUCUUUCAAGGCCUCGGACCGAUGAUGGUCGCUGGUUUCUCCGAUAAAGCUGGCCGCAAGCCGGCGUAUAUGGAUAAUUACGUCGCCCUAUUGCUCCUCCGCAUGGUACAGGCAGCAGGUAGUAGCGGCACGAUAGUGCUUUCAAAUGGACUCGUGGGUGAUAUCAUUCCAUCGUCUGAGCGUGGCAAGUACAUUGCUUUCGCAUCAAUUGGCUUGAUUCUUGGACCCAGCCUAUCGCCCGUCCUUGGCGGCCUCCUUAGUCAAUAUUUGGGAUGGCAUUGGAUCUUCUGGUUCCUCCUGAUAUUCUCUGGAGCCUACUUCAUUCCAUUAUUACUCUUCCUACCAGAAACGUGUCGCAACAUCGUCGGCGAUGGCUCUGUCCCACCACCAAAAUCGAGUUGGAACCUCAGUGACCACAUCCGCUUCCACAACCGUGCGAAGGAGGGUAUCCCUAUCGAUGAAGCAAAAAUGAAGGAGCUGCGAAAUAAUCACAAAAUCACGUUUCCUAAUCCUAUCUCGACUCUACGCAUCUUAGGCGAACCAGAAAUGAUAUUCUUACUCUUUGGUAAUAGUGUGGCCAUGUCUUGUUUUUAUGCUGUCUCAACUGGCACAGCCCAGGCGUUUAAUCGCAACUAUGGCUUCGAUGAAUUACAGAUUUCUCUCAUGUUUCUCCCUAUCGGCGCUGGCGGUCUCGCCUCUGCCUUCACAGCCGGUUACCUCGUCGAUUGGAACUACCGCCGACAUGCAAAACGUCUAGGCUAUCCAGUGCACAAGAACCGCCAAACUGAUCUCUCCAAAUUUCCAAUUGAAGUGGCGCGUAUGCAGAUUGCCGUGCCGCACUUCUUCCUCGGGGCGAUUGCUAUGGUCGGAUACGGAUGGGUUCUGGAAUCUAAGGUCACCUUCGGCGGUCUGAUUAUCUUCUUAUUUCUAAUAGGAUACACCACCGACGUGGUAGGUCAAACGCUAAUGGUAUUGUGUGUGGACAUCAAUCCUGGAAGGCCAGCGAAUGUGUCGGCCGCGAAUAAUGUGAUGAAGUGCUUGGUGGGCGCUGGGGUGAGCGCGGCGAUCGUACCUAUGAGUGACGCGAUUGGAUAUGGGGCUCCUAGAUGGGCGUACACAGUCCUUGGGGCGCUGUUCUUAAUUGGUAGCUUGGGGCCGAUUGUGAGCAUGCGAUACGGAAUUGCCUGGCGCCAAGCUCAGAAAGAGAAAGCUGAUUGCAAGAAGCAAGAAAAGCAGGCUAGAAUGGAGGCUAGAGCGGUACAUUAA